UAUUUUUUUAUUCUUCCACCUAUUUCCUGUGGUUGUUCUUUUAAUCUCAAUAUGGAAACUGGAAGAAGAGAUGUGGGAAAUCUGCCCAGCGCUCACCAAUACUGUCACUUCCAAGUGAGCGCCAGUAGCACCAGGACCUGAUCGGGUUGGAUUUUCCUCCUCCUGGGCCUGGGUGGCAGAGAAGAAUGCACCCGGACCUCCCUAAAUGGUCUCCGGAGCCCCCUUCCUUGGCUUGCUGGCAGCAUGGGGGAGUGAAGUUGCAGGGAUAAUAAGUUCCAGGCUAGGCAGUGGCAUCGCAAUCAGGUAGUGACGAGGGUGGCCAGAGGGUCGGGUUUGUACUCGGGCAGCGAGAGCUGAGUGCGGCAGCGAGAGCUGAGUGCGCGCGAGGGAUAGGCGGCCGUUGGGGGCACGCUGCUGGUUCCCAGGGGACAGACUGACGCCGCUGUGCAGGCUCAGAGCAGCAGGGCCAGCCUGACACAGCCAGGCCCCGGGGCCCACCAUGGAUGCCAAAACCACCAAGAACCCCACAGGGAGCUUGCAACAGCAGCGUCCCACACGCCCAGGAGCUUCCACAGCUCCGGUGCCACCACGCCCUGGGCGGACGGUGCAACCCUCACGCUCUGGGUCGGGGGCGGAGCCCUCUCGCCCUGGGGCGGCGCCCUCUCGCCCUGGGACCGUGGCGCCCUCUCGCCCUGGGAUGGCGGCACCCUCUCGCCCAGGGACGGCGGCACCCUCUCGCCCAGGGACCGCGGCACCCUCUCGCCAAGGGGCAUCCAAGCAACCGGAGAAUACAGGACCCAGGAUGCAGCAGGGUGCAGCCUCAAGGAUACCCAAGGGCCAAGAGAAGUCCUCCAUCCAACAGCGUGCUGAAGGACGGGCCAAAGUCCCGCUCAAAUUCAGGGACAGCUUCAAGCGUUUUUUCUUCUCGCCCAAGGGGAUGUUGAAGAUCCUGAGGCUGGGUCUUAUCCUAGGAGCAUUAAUUUGUUUCAUCAUUGCCAAAGCCUAUGAGCCGUAUAUAGCCAUCACAGUUCUGGAAAUGUGCAUCGUUCUUUUUUUUAUUCUAAUAUAUAUGCUAACCCUUCACCACUUGCUGGUUUUUUUAGAUUGGCCCUUACUUGAUCUUAUCAACAGUAUCAUUACAGCUAUGUUCCUUUUAAUAGUUGCCAUCUUGGCGAUGCAAGAAAUGGAAAGAAGGCAUUUAUUCUAUGUUGGAGGGAUCCAGUGUCUCAUGGCGGCAAUGGUGUGUGUCCUGGAUGCGAUGCUGGCCACCAAGAUCAUGAGGGAGAAAAUAAAAAGAUUCCUGGGAAUCGAAUUAGACACCAAUGCCUCCCUGCUCCUGGAACCCAUCCCUGAGAAAGCACAGGAAACCAAGUCAUUCUGGAGGCUAUUCUCGAAAGCACCCACACCAGCACCCGCGAAAGCAGACACACCGGCACCUGGGAAAGCACCUGCGAAAACAGGCACGCCGGCACCCGCGAAAGCACCUGAGAAGGCACCCGCAAAAGCGGGCACGCCGGCACCCGCGAGAGCACCUGCGAAAGCACCCGCGAAAACCCCCACCUCGGACGCCAGGCGCACACCCCCCCAGGUGUCCUCAAUGGUAUCCUCGCGGCCAUCCUCGGUGCCAGCAUCCUCGGUGCCAUCCUCGCGGCCAUCCUUGCGGACACCCGCACGGACAUAAACGUUGGUGCUUCGUCCCUCUCGCUAAUCCCAGCACUGAGCUUGCAUGCUGUCACCCAUCCCGGCCCACAUGUCAUCAUAAAGUCAGGGCUGCUAAGUUGGGAACAUGUGCUUCCUCGUGUUGCCUUGUGUAAAAGUCGAGUUACCUUCUUCCGCGGCCGCUGAGCCCGCGCGCGGCGCGGGACGAGGCUGCCCAGGGGCGGGUGGCCAAGGCCCUGACCCGGGGCGGGGGGGGGGCGCCAGGGCGGGGCGGGGGCUCCGGCUCGCAGGUGUGCGGCGCUGGCGGCACCCGCCCGACACGGCCCGGGUCCUCGCAGUGCGCGGGGCGGCCGCAACCAGGUGAGGCCGCAGCCAGGUGAGGCCGCAGCCAGGUGACGGCGCAGCCAGGUGAGGGCGCAGCCAGGUGAGGCCGCAGCCAGGUGAAGGCGCAGCCAGGUGAGGCCGC